AAUUUCUUUUAUUUACCCUUUUUGUCAUGCAUGGAAGACCAGCAGGAACAAGUGAUAGCACAGAGUUUGCUUUUGUUCCUGCCUCAGCUCUGGCCCAGAAUGGAGCUGUGGGAGUGUGUGUCAGUAAGCAAUCCUUGAGAAAGCAGGUGUGCAGUCAGAAGCAGGAGCCUUGCUCUCAAGACCCUUUUGUGCAGAUCUAUGGAUCUGCAUCAAGUCAGGUUCAGACCAAGCAGCUUUCUUUUCUAAGGGCACACAGGAAGACUGGUGAAAAGCACAACCAGGAACACCUGGCUCUGCCUUCAGGGGCUUCCAUUGCUGCAAAAUGAACCAUCCCAGUCCAGCCUGGGCUGUUGCAAAAUGGGGUCAGAAAGUUUGAAGAUUUUAUUUAGAAAGGUAACAAACCCAAGUGAGGAGUGCUCGUGAGAUCACCUGUAGCCUCAGAUUGCACCAGGAGCAUCUCCCCUGUGCAUCCACUGGCUGCUCACCCUCACCUGGUGCAAUGUCUGCAGUUUCACCCCUUCCCUCUUUGUUUCCUCUCUUCAGAGGGAGCUGGCCAUGGUGGACCAUCUUGCAAACACGGAGAUCAACAGCCAGCGCAUCGCUGCUGUGGAGAACUGCUUUGGGGCUUCUGGGCAGCCCUUGGCCUUGCCGGGCAGGGUGCUGCUGGGAGAAGGGAUUUUGACCAAAGAAUGCCGCAAGAAGCCAAAGCCUCGCAUCUUUUUCCUUUUCAACGACAUCCUCGUCUACGGCAGCAUCAUCAUCAACAAAAGGAAGUACAACUCCCAGCACAUCAUCCCCCUUGAAGAUGUCACUUUGGAGACGCUGCCGGACACCUUGCAGAUGAAGAACCGCUGGAUGAUCAAAACCUCCAAGAAGUCCUUUGUGGUGUCCGCAGCCUCCCUGACGGAGAGGAAGGAGUGGAUCAGCCACCUGGAGGAGUGCAUCAAGCACCUGCUGACCAAGACGGGCCGGCAGCCCUGCAGGGAGCCCGCGGCUCCCUGGAUCCCAGACAAGGCCACGGACAUCUGCAUGCGCUGCACGCAGACCAAGUUCUCCACGCUCACCCGCAGGCACCGCUGCCGCCAGUGCAUCAGCAGCUCCACGGGUCCUACAUAA